AAAAAACAAACACGCUUUGAAAACUGAUAGAGAGAGAAAGUGAAAGAAAGUUGAGAGAGAGAGUGAAGAAAAACGCAGGCAAUCUAAGCUUUGCUUUCUUCUUCUUCUUCUUCUUCUGAGUGGGUAUUUGGUUCGAGUGAGAGAGUAAAAUUCUCUCUUUCUCUCUUUAGAAAGGAGGUUUUGCUUGAUCAGGGUUUAUUUGGUUUGGUUCUCAUUCCCAUUAUAUUCUCUCUCUGUAUAUAUAUAUAUCAAUAUUCAUAUAUUCUAGAACAAUCGGAGUUAUAAUCAAACUCAGUCUCUCUCUCUCUCUCUCUGUGUUGCUUCACACUCUCUCCCACCUGGCGACUGUGUUGUGAGCUUUGUUUUUGGGAGUCUCUCGAGAGUGUAAUCGAGAUAGACCGUACAAUGGAGAGGUACGGUCGGAAUACAACAGAAGGCGGGUCACAGUCCGAUCCGUCUCCGGAAUGGGCCGGUACCGGACCUGAAACAGGGCUCGAAGAGUCUGUUUGGCAAUUGGGUAUGGGUGUUGAAGAAUCGUACCCAGAAAGACCCGAUGAGGAUAAUUGUAUCUUCUAUAUGAGAACUGGGUAUUGUGGGUAUGGCGCAAGGUGUCGGUUCAAUCAUCCCCGAGACCGCGCGGCGGCUAUAGGAGCUGCCAGAGCUGGUGGAGGGGAGUUCCCAGAGCGACAUGGGCAGCCUGUGUGCCAGUAUUAUAUGAGGAAUGGGACAUGCAAAUUUGGUGCUUCUUGUAAGUACCAUCAUCCUAGAUACGGAGCAGGUUCUUCCGGCCCUCUUUCACUAAAUUAUGAUGGAUAUCCAUUGCGGCCGGGUGAAAAAGAGUGUUCCUACUACGUGAAGACUGGACAGUGCAAGUUCGGUGUGUCCUGUAAAUUUCAUCAUCCCCAUCCUGCUGGUAUGCCACUUCCAGUCCAAUCACCUGCAACUCAAGUUCCACCAGCACCUACGCCAGUUCAUGGACCUACAUUAUAUCCCCCAAUGGCAUCUCCAUCUGGUUCCUCGUCACAACAAUAUGGAGUUGUUGUUGCAAGGCCUUCUAUGGUACAAGGUUCAUAUGUUCAAGGCCCUUAUGGUCCUAUGUUGAUAUCCCCUGGCAUGGUACCUUUUCCGGGUUGGGGGGGUUCUUACAUGACAUCUAUAAGCCCAGUACCCUCCCAUAGCAAUCAACCCCCUGCUGGUUCAGCACAAGUUUAUGGGUUAACUCAAGUAUCUCACCAAGCACCUCCAUAUACUGGAACAUAUCAGCCUGUUGCUUCUCCUGCUGUUCCUUCAGUCAGUAGCCAGAAGGAACUCUCAUAUCCAGAAAGACCUGGACAGCCGGAUUGCCAAUAUUACAUGAGAACUGGGGACUGUAAAUUUGGAUCUUCGUGUAGGUACCACCAUCCACCAGAUAUUAUCUCGCCGAAAACAACUGUUGUCCUAAGCUCUGCUGGUCUUCCUAUGCGUCCGGGUGCUCCGCUGUGCACUCACUAUGCUCAACGUGGAGCAUGCAAGUUUGGGCCAGCAUGCAAAUUCGACCACCCACUGGGAACACUAAGUUAUAGUCCAUCAGCUUCUUCUCUUUCUGAUAUGCCAGUCGCUCCUUACCCAGUUGGAUCCUCAGUUGGUACACUAGCACCAUCAUCCUCAUCUUCAGACUUGCGUCCUGAACUCGCUUUAGGAUCCACUAAGGACUCUACUUCAGCCCGAAUGUCUUCAUCAAUGAGCAGUUCUAGUGGAUCAGUUGGCUCAACAUUUUCAAAGGGUGGUCCUGUCUCCCAUGUGAGUCUUCAACAUCCUGCUCAGAUUACUGGCACUUCAACUGGUGGCAACACCAGUACUAGCUCAGAACCUCCUACUUCAAGUUAAGCAAUUUCCCAUUCUUCUUUUUUCUUGAAAUUUCCCCAACCAAAGCAUCAUUUUUUUCCCUUUUUGGUGCAAGUCCUCUAAUAGAGGCUUCAUAUCUCACUUAUCAUGGUUUCACAAAACUCCUAGAAUACAAUCUUGCUCUGUUCAUUUCUGUGUUCAUAUAAUCUUUAUAUUGGCCAUCCUUUUAAUUUCAAAUAACCGAUGGCCAACCCUCAAAAACUUUAGCAGCCUCGUAUAGCCUUCCAAUUUGCUCAUCAAUAACCAUGAAAAAAAAAUAUAUUCUUGCAGUUCUGUUAGGCAAAAUCUGAAUCCAGAUAUCCACUUUAAAGAGCUGUUGUGUUUAUUGUGCUCCAUUCUAUUCUCUUUCAAAAUGAAAGAUUAGUUCCACGGUGCUCUGCCUUUUACACUGACCGUGUUUUUCGUGUCUAUCCUUUUCAUUUUUUUCUUCUUCUCUUUUAUAGUUUAUUUUCAUUUGAUUUCGGAGCAAGCUUCAUAUUGAACUUAGCAUUUGAGGGUCUUGUUUCCCCACCUUUUUUGUCCAAGGGUCUGCUGUGAACAAGACAAGUACUUCUGAUUCAGAGAGACCGCAAGAAGCCAUCAGAUGCUAUACUAUAUAUAAUGAUAAGAUAUACAUGGACCAUGGUAUGUUGUUGUGGCUACAAAAAAAUGCUUGACCUGUUUAUUUUCAAUUUUAUUAUGAAAUACAAAACAAUAUAUGAAGAAGCAACUCUUGACUCUGCAAUAAUUGUUGUUGUUCUUCUUCUUCUUUUGUCCCCGUUUUAUUAGGGGGAUUGAUACCUGUUCCUGAUAAUUUGCUUUAUUUGAUACCAAAAUAUUAGCUUGA